GAGACGGUCGAACUCAGUUACGAGAGAGCAGUUGGAACUUGGAAGUUGGAAGACAGCCACACAUUCCUCUGCUGCCGACCAAUGGCGAGAGCCACCUUCGGCUUCGCCACCCCUCUCUCCGCCUCUCUCCGCCACCUACCUCAUCUUCCCUUCGCUCUCACCCUCAUCAGACCCCCUUAUUUCUCUACUCUCCGCGCCACCGCCGCCAGAAUGCCGGAGUGCUCCAGUGAGCUCCACCCCUCUCUCGAAGUCGUUGGCGGAGGCGCCGACACAUUCAUCCCUGCAUUCAAAGCCCCUCAUAUUCCCUACGUUCCUUACCCCUUGAUCGCUUCCAAUCGGCACGUCGAGACUAUUUUCGCCGCAUUUUUCCGCUCACUACCCGACGUCAGGUUCCGCCGCGAGUGCCUCCGCACUAGCGACGGCGGCGCUGUCGCCCUCGAUUGGGUCUCCGGAGACGACCGUAGCUUGCCUUUGGAGUCUCCAAUUCUCAUUUUGCUGCCAGGUCUCACUGGUGGUAGCCAGGACACAUAUGUGAGGCAUAUGCUAUUGCGAGCCAGGAGUGAAGGAUGGCGAGUGGUGGUAUUUAACAGCAGAGGUUGCGGUAGCAGCCCUGUUACCACAGCUCAGUUCUAUUCAGCUUCAUUUCUAGGAGAUAUUUCUGAAGUAGUGGACCAUGUUGGCAGCCGCUAUUCAAGAGCUAAUUUAUAUGCCGUUGGCUGGUCUCUUGGAGCUAAUAUUCUGGUUCGCUAUGUGGGUCAGGGAUCUUUCUCUUGCCCUCUUGCUGGUGCUGUAUCCUUAUGCAAUCCAUUUAAUUUGAUAAUUGCAGAUGAAGAUUUCCGUAAAGGCUUUAACAUCAUUUAUGACAAAGCUCUGGCAAAUUCACUGUGCAAAAUUUUCAGAAAGCAUGCACUCUUAUUUGAGGAUAUCGGAGGAGAAUUUAAUAUCCCAUUGGCUGCUAAUGCUAAAUCUGUUAGAGAAUUUGAUGAGGGACUAACACGAGUAUCAUUUGGAUUUAAAUCUGUGGAUGACUAUUACUCCAACUCAAGCAGUUCAGAUUUCAUAAAGAAUGUCACAAUACCUCUGUUAUGCAUCCAGGCUGAGAAUGAUCCAAUUGCGCCAUCUCGAGGAAUUCCUCGUGAGGACAUACAGAAAAAUCCCAACUGUAUGCUGAUAGUUACUCCGAAAGGUGGCCAUUUGGGUUGGGUGGCUGGCGCGGAAGCUCCACGAGGAGCUCCGUGGACCGACCCCAUAGUUAUGGAUUUUCUGCAACACUUGGAGCAGGCUAUCUCAACUACUAUAUCUUCUGCAAGCCUCAACGAUGAGAGUCUUCACCAGCUUGAGGUAUAAAUUUACUCACUCUUAUUUAGUCACUUUAAUAUGAUUGCACUCGAAAUAUAUAUAUAUAUACACACCCCAUCCCGACAGAACUAUAGCGAGAUAGAAUAAUGCUGCAGCUAUAUCAUUUUUCCGAUUCAUUGGGAUACCAUGAGAAAAUCAAACGUUUCCCUUACCAAUAUUUAUGGGAUGUAUAGGGUUUAUCCCUAAAGUAGCGGUUACAUAUGUCUCUCCCUACAUUAAAUGGAGGGAGUCGUGUAAAACAGUCAAGAUUUGUUAGAUAUGGGUGGCUUAUGACUCGAUCCUAACAAUAUAAAA